CCGGUUUCCGUGGCGACAGAAAGCGCGGGAAUUACGGAUAAACUGUAAUUGCGACUGCGCGGCGGAGACUUUCUGGACCCAGUAGCGUCUGGGGUCUUCUUAGAAAACUGGGUUCCUGCGCCUGGGAAGCCCGGACGUUUUGCUCUGGGCAAAGAAAGAAAUGGAUUUAUCUGCAGAUCACAUUGACGAAGUACAAAAUGUCCUUAAUGCUAUGCAGAAAAUCUUAGAGUGUCCAAUCUGUCUGGAAUUGAUCAAAGAACCUGUUUCCACGAAGUGUGACCACAUAUUUUGCAAAUUUUGUAUGCUGAAACUUCUCAACCAGAAGAAAGGGCCUUCACGGUGUCCUUUGUGUAAGAAUGAUAUAACCAAAAGAAGUCUACAAGAAAGUACAAGAUUUAGUCAACUUGUUGAAGAGCUAUUGAAAAUCAUUCAUGCUUUUGAGCUUGACACAGGAUUGCAGUUUGCAAAUAAUUAUAACUUUUCAAAAAAGGAAAAUAACUCUCCUGAACAUUUAAAGGAGGAGGUUUCUAUCAUCCAAAGUAUGGGCUACCGAAAUCGUGCCAAAAGACUUCGGCAGAGUGAACCAGAAAAUCCUUCCAUGCAGGAAACCAGUCUUAGUGUCCAACUCUCUAACCUUGGAAUUAUGAGAUCUCUGAGGACAAAGCAGCAGAUACAACCUCGUAAUAAAUCAGUCUAUAUUGAAUUGGGAUCUGAUUCUUCUGAAGAUACAGUUAAUAAGGCAAAUUAUUGCAGUGUGACAGACCAAGAAUUGUUACAGAUCACCCCUGAAGGAGCCAGGGCUGAAGCCAGUUUGGAUUCUGCAAAGAAGGGUGAAGUGGCACCUGGGUAUGAGAGUGAGACAAACCUCUUUGAAGACUGCUCAGGGCUGUCCUCACAGAGCGACAUUUUAACCACUCAGCAAAGGGAUACCAUGCAAGAUAACUUGAUAAAGCUCCAGCAGGAAAUGGCUCAUCUAGAAGCUGUGCUAGAGCAACAUGAGAGCCAGCCUCCUGACAGCUCCCCUUCCCUCAUAGCUGACUCUUACGACCCUGACAACCUGCUAAAUCCAGAACAAAACAUAUCAGGAAAAGCAGUUUUAACUUUGGAGAAAAGUAAUGAAUAUCCUAUAAGCCAGAAUCCAGAAAACCUUUCUGCUAACAAAUUUCAAGUAUCUCCAGGACCAGGAGUAGAAAGAUCUUCCCCUUCUAAGUCCCAGUUCGGAGGUAAUAGGUGGUCUGCACACAGCCACUCUGGGAGUCUUCAGGACAGAAGCUACCCAUCUCAAGAGGAGGUUGUUAAGAUUCUUGAUUCAGAGGAGCAAAAACAGGAAAAGAAUAACCCACAUGAUGUAAUGGACCAGGCUUAUUUGCCAAGGCAAGAUCUAGGGGGAACCCCAUACCUGGAAUCUGGAAUUAGCCUCUUCUCUAGUAAACUUGAAUCUGACCCCCCUGAAGACAGAGCUCCAGAGCCAGCUCAUGUUUGCAGCUCACCAACUUCAAAUUCUGUAUUGAAAUCCUCCCAAUUUCAAGUUGCAGAAUUUGCCAACGGUUCAGCUGCUGCUCAUACUAGUAAUACUGCUGGGUAUAAUACAGGGGAAGAAAGUACAAGUAGAGAGAAGCCAGAAUUGACGUCUUCAACAGAAAGGGUCAACAAAAGAAUAUCCAUGGUGGUAUCAGGCUUGACCCCCAAAGAAUUCAUGCUUGCACACAAGUUUGCCAGAAAAUAUCACAUCACUUUAACUAAUGUACUUACUGAAGAGACUACUCAUGUCGUUAUUAAAACAGAUACUGAGUUUGUGUGUGAACGGACACUGAAAUAUUUUCUGGGAAUUGCAGGAGGAAAAUGGGUAGUUAGCUAUUUCUGGGUAACCCAGUCUAUUAAAGAAAGAAAAAUGCUAGAUGAGCGUGAUUUUGAGGUCAAAGGAGAUGUGGUCAAUGGAAGAAAUCACCAAGGUCCAAAGCGAGCAAGAGAGUCCCAGGAGAGAAAGAUCUUCAGAGGCCUAGAAAUCUGUUGCUACGGGCCCUUUACCAACAUGCCCACAGAUCAACUGGAGUGGAUGCUGCAGCUGUGUGGGGCUUCUGUCGUGAAGGAGCUUUCCUCAUUCACCCUUGGCACAGGUGCUCACCCAAUUGUGGUCGUACAGCCAGAUGCCUGGACAGAGGACGAUGGCUUCCAUGCAAUUGGGAAGGUGUGUGAGGCACUGGUGGUGACCCGGGAGUGGGUUUUGGACAGCGUAGCCCUUUACCAGUGCCAGGAUCUGGACACCUACCUGAUACCACAGAUUGCCCACAGCCGUGAUUGCAGCUAGCCAUGCAUCUAAAGCCACAAGACCACAAGGAUGUGCGUAAGGAAUGGCCUUUCCAAGCCCAAAGAGUGCCUUUGCGACCUUCCAUAGUUCUGGUUACU